ACUUUAUCUGACACGCCCAUGCAGGAAGUAGAGUGAACCAUAAUUCAGCCAUAUAUCUCUGAUCGCUGUUCAGUCACAGGACGCUCUGUUCUCGGUCAUUUACAGACAUUCACCGUUCAUAGCAAGACUACUUCAACCCCCUGAAGUGUAACCAUGUCUACUGAGAAGUGUUUCGCCAAAGGAAGUGCUGCACCUGAUCCAGUCCCCAACAACCUCAUCAGACUUUACAGCAUGAGAUUCUGCCCCUUCGCCCACAGGACCAGAUUAGUGCUGAGUGCCAAAGAGAUCAAACAUGACACCAUCAACAUCAACCUGAAAGACAAACCUGAAUGGUUCCUUGAGAGGAAUCCUUUUGGACUUGUCCCAACUCUGGAGACACCUGCUGGUGAGGUGAUCUAUGAGUCUCCCAUCACCUGUGACUACCUGGAUGAAGUUUACCCCAACAAGAAGCUGCUUCCUUCCUCUCCUUUUGGCAAAGCUCAACAGAAGAUGAUGCUGGAGCAUUUUUCCAAGAUAACACCAUACUUCUACAAGAUCCCAAUGGGGAGAAGGAACGGCCAGGAUGUCUCAGAACUGGAAGCUGAACUGAAAGAAAAGCUUUCCAAAUUAAAUGAGGACUUAGUUAACAAGAAGACCAAGUUCUUUGGUGGUGAUUCCAUCACAAUGAUCGACUACAUGAUGUGGCCGUGGUUUGAGAGGCUGGAGAUCUUCGAACUCAAACACUGCCUUGACGGCACACCUGAGCUGAAGAAGUGGACAGAGCGCAUGUGGGAGGACCCGGCUGUCAAAGCCACCAUGCACAGUGUGGACACCUACAAGGCCUUCUACAAGACCUACGUCGAGGGGAAACCCAACUACGACUAUGGCCUGUAGAAAAGAAGUGAUCAAAACCUUAAACCGUCCCAUUUAUUACCCAUAUUCCUCUUUUUGGUCAUGGUUAUCCUGGGGUUAUGUCUGUUUUUAUAACUUUGUUGUAAUAGGAAAUAGCAAAUAUCAUGAUGACCUAACAUUGAAGGGAUACAGUGACAAAGUUUUUUUUAUUGGAAAUUUUUUGUUAGUUAAGGAAAAAAUCUGAACCAUAAUGGGACUGAAGUACAGUGAAGUAAAUAUGAUUGAAAGUGUUUUCAAAGGUGCAGCACUUUUUCUAAUAAAAAUUGUAGAUGUAAUGAC